UUGUGGUUUGACAAGUCUUCAAAUUUUAGCGAAUCAACGCUUUACUCGAGGAGAGCGGUUCGCGAAUUAAGGAAACGUGUCAGUCGUGUUGGGAAAGCGGUGGAGUUGUGAUCGUUGUACGACUAUGGUUAUUCUUCGUUCUGAUGGAGAUCGAGUGGAACAUGACAAAAAUUUUGAAUCAAAUAUUGCUUGAGAUGUUGAUGGGAGCAACUUCAGGAUAUUUCAUUUCCAUAUAUGAAUUAAUCAGCAAUUCCAUUUAGAAUUUUGCUUAAAGAACGAGACGGUUUUCGCACUUCAAAUUGAAUUUAAGCAAGGGUAUUUUGCAGAGCAACAUGUCCAUCAACUCAACCAGCCAAGAUAACCUGGGACACUGGUCGGAAACUUCAGCUGAAAAUGAGAAGAUUGCAAUAUACUCGUCCGUCAAGUCUCUUGAGAACCUUCCGUUGGAGGUUUGUGAUGAUCCUUUGCAAACAGCGGAAGAGCUCGCCCGGAAAAUCUUUGCUAACUCGAUUGUCAGUGACCUCCUCAUUCGCACCUCUCGCCUUGACGUCUUCUCUAAAGAUCUGGCAAAAUCAUUUAGCGAUGAUCUAGAGUCCCUUUUGAUGGUCAGGAAACUAAAGUACUUCUACAACCAACCAACUGGUGCUGUUUUACAGCAACUUGCCGGUCUUUUGCAAAGAUCUUCAAGUAAUACUGUAGCAAUUUCCAAAUGGAAUGAGAUGGUUAAGAUUUUGACAGCCGAUAAGACCCUGCGAACCAAGCCUUUGUGCCGUUUCCUUCAAGAGACAGACUGCCCAGAAUGUUACUUGGAGAAUGCUGAUCAUCUCGAGAAGUUUGACCCACACGGCAUCUACCCGACCUCCAUUUACGGAAGAUGUGAAGGAGAAGUCCUGGCAAAAUCAGACGCAUCCCUAGUCGCGUGCACCAGUAAAUAUACACUGACAACAACUGCUAAGAUAGUUUACGGGGUGUUGAGCCCGUCCAACCACGAGCUCAGAAACGUGUAUCAGCCCAUUGGAAGAUGUGUGGCGGUAGUUGACAAAAAUGUGGAAAAGAUCUACGGCGCGGCCCUACAGGCUUACUUCGACGAGUUUUCUAUCGAGCUAAAGAAGCUUGUCCUUUCCGCAGAAGAAAUCGACAAAGACAUAGCCACAGUGCAGAGUACAUUAGUGCUGUUAAAGAAGCUCGGCGUAAGAAGAAACGAGCCUAUUUUAGUGGUCGGUAAUGGUGUAUUACACGACGUCAUUGCUUGUGCUGCCUCUUUGUACCACCGCAACACACCCUACAUCAUGGUGUCCACAAGUGUUGUGGCGGCCAUCGACGCGGGCCUGUCACCUCGCACUGGGUGCGAUGGAUUUGGCUUCAAAAACCUCUUCGGUUCGUUUCACCCUCCUGUCCUGGCGCUUACUGACAGAAGCUUCUUUCGAACGCUUCAUCGCGGCUGCUUGCGGCAUGGCAUCGCUGAAAUUGUCAAGAUGGCAAUAGUUAAGGAUGAAGAACUCUUCUGUCUUCUCGAGCAGGAGGCCUCCGCUCUUCUGUGGACCAAAUUUGGCACUGAGAUGGAAGAUUUCCAAGGGGAUCGAAAAUCCUUUGAAGAUGUCUGUGACCUGAUUAUCGGCAAAGCUCUUGAAGACUACAUGAGAUCGGAAUAUAGUAACAUGUUCGAAACGCACCAGUGUCGACCACACGCGUAUGGGCAUACGUGGAGCCCUGGGUACGAGCUCCCUGCGGGAAUGCUUCACGGUCAUGCUGUAUCCACUGGAAUGGGUUUUGGCGCAUACCUUUCCUUCUGUAAAGGCUGGAUUACACAACAUGAGCUGAAUCGCAUUUUAAAGCUUCUCGGCGACCUUGAAUUGGCUCUGUGGCAUCCCAUAAUGGAGAAUACACAGCUUGUGUACAAAGGCCAAGAAACAAUGAUUGAGAAACGAGCUGGUAAUUUGGCUGCACCUGUUCCUAAAGGGAUUGGAAAGUGCGGCUACCUUAAUUACAUGCCUUAUGACCUCCUUCACAAGCGCUUACAAGAAUAUCAGCAGAUUACCCAGCAUUGCCCCAGGCAGGGGAAGGGAAUUCAGGUCCACUGCGAGGAUAUCGGGAUUAAGUGCCCAACCCCAAUUGUCAACGACGACCACGAAGAUGUCCCAAAAAGUGCAGAGAUGAACGGUUUCCAUUGCAAUGGGGAUGCAAAGAAGUACGAGAAAAAGUUCUCCUUCCCUUUGGAAUGGCAGGAAAAAAGUGCCAACAGCAGACCAAUUAAGUCACUCAGGGCAUGAAGAACAUUGAUGAGAAGAGAAGAGAGUCCUUCAGGGGAAUCCCACUUUUUGAAAUAUUCUUCGGGGAUACGUUCACGUUAGCUAAGAGUGUUAAGGCAAAUGAAAUA